UUGAUUGAAAAUUAUAGAUUUUGUUUUUGUUUUUUUUGUUAGAGUGCUGCCAUGGAUAUCUUCGAAGAAGCAAGCGUUGUUCGAUUACGAAGCCACCACGAGAAAUACUUACUUGCGGACGACGAUGAGGAAACUGUUUCCCAAGAACGAGGUGGAACAGUGAAGAAUGCGAGAUGGACAGUGGAAUUCGUGAAUUCAACCCAAAUUCGUCUCAAAAGCUGUUAUGGAAAAUACUUGACGGCUUCUAACAUGCCUUUCCUAUUAGGGAUGACGGGGAAGAAAGUGUUGCAGACGUUACCGAAACGACUCGAUUCUUCCGUCGAAUGGGAACCGAUUCAAGAAGGUGCCUUGGUUAGGCUCAAAACCCCUUACGGCAUGUAUUUACGAGCCAACGGAGGGUUGCCGCCCUGGAGGAACCACGUCACACAUGAUACUCCUUAUAGAACAUCGCAUCAGGAUUGGAUCCUUUGGUAUGUAGAUGUUUUACGCUACCGCCGAGACGCGGAGACCCCGACACUUGCUCCUCCGCCUCGUCAAGUGGCGGUUAACGGAAUCGAUAGGAUUGCAAGUUCUGAAGAUACAACCUUUUCACUUACCGGACCUAGAAUGACUAGACUUGAGGUUUGA